GCGCCUUGUCCACCGCCUCUCAGCUCGCACAAGCGCGUUUGAUUGAAAGGUCGACAAACGAAGUGUGCCAUCCAUCAGCCGCAACAGCCCCAUCAAGACAGCUUCGUAGAUAAUCUACAUCGUAAUCGCUGUCCUCGUUACGCCCAGCUAUUGCAUGGCCAGCCAGGCCCAAAGGCCUCCUUCUCAUCAAUAUGCCUGCCCCAGGCCAACAGCACUCACACGUCCAGAACCCGUUCGAGGAGGCGAGGCCGCGGCUCUCCUUGUGGACGGCCCAGGAGAUUGCGGCGCUCCAGACCCGGCUUGACCGACAGCUUGGCCCGGAAUACCUCUCGGCUCGCAGCGGUCCCUCGGGCCAAAAGGUUCACUAUGUCGCCGCCGACAAGAUCAUCUCGCUGGCCAAUGACGUCUUCGGCUUCAACGGCUGGUCGACGUCGAUCCAGGACGUGCAGGUCGACUUUGCCGAUGUCAACCCCCAGACCGGCAAGAUCUCUCUUGGACUAUCCGUCGUCGUGCGUGUGACUCUCCGCGACGGCACCUUCCACGAGGACAUGGGAUACGGCCACAUCGAGAACUGCAAGUCCAAAGCCUCGGCCUUCGAGAAGGCCAAGAAGGAGGGCACUACGGACGCGCUGAAACGGGCGUUGCGGCACUUUGGCAACCUGUUGGGUAACUGCAUCUACGACAAGGACUACCUGGCCAAGGUCACCAAGAUCAAAGUCGCACCCACCAAGUUUGACGAGAGCGGCCUGCACCGCCAUAGCGACUUUGUGAAGAAGGAGGCUGAUAUCAAGCCCAAGCUGGAGACCCCGGCUGCCCCACCGGCGCCAGCUGCUGCUCACCCGGACUCAUUCGACGACUUCCUAGGGGAGCUUGACGAGGCCGACUUUUGCGUGAUGGAGGCAGAAGUGGAGGGAGAUGGUCACUUUGAAGAUGCCACUGCUCUAGAUGCAUCGCACUCUACAUCCAACAGCAGCAGUAAUGACCGGGGCGGCAAUAAUGGCAAUCGACAGCCACAAGGCGGUCACAUGAACAACAGCACAGCCCAACAAAGGCCGAUGCCACCACCACCUAGGCAAAACCCACCGCCGCAGAGGCAAUCUGCCGGGCCAGCGUCGGUCAACAACCAGUCGCGGCAGCCUCAAACUCCCGGCCAGCAGCCUUCGAGACCCGGAAUGGCUCCCAACGGUGGUUCCAACCAAAUGAAUAACCAUGGAAUUCGCCCCCAGCCCCAGACCAACCACCAAGGCAGACCUCAACCACAGCAGCCAGGCAACGGCAUGGGACAGCGUCCCGCUAACAAUGGGAAUAACAGCAACCCCCAGCACACGCCACCGGCCCCACAGAACGGUGCGGCAGGCGGUGAGGGUACAGGUUUCUUUUCGGCUCGUGCUGUCCCCCGAGUGCCAGACGACGGCACAGUCAUACCGCCUGCAUCGAUUUCAGGGAAAGCAUUCGAUCCCAAGGCCGAGAGUCCUUCGAUCCGAAAGACGCCGGGCAUUGAUCAUAACUCGUCGCGACCUCUGUCCAAGACCGGCCAGCAUGUGGCCCCGCCCUCGAGCUCGCAGGCUGCAAAUGAUAGGCCGUCUCUCGGAACUGGGGGUGGCAUGAAUGAUUCUAUGUCGAGGGCUCAGAGUCCACUCCCGCCAUCGAACUAUCAAUCGCCCCAGGGGCCCAUGGGCCGUCCCAACGUGCUGAAUCCCCAACUCGAUCACUCGCGCCGCAUCGGAGCACCAGGCGGCCCGGGAAGCCCGUUGGCGAACCGAAAUCAGUACAGACCUCUGACGGUCACGGCGAAGAGGCCACCUUUGGCCGAGGUGCCGAACGGAGCCGGCGGUGGCUCCGGCGGUGAGGUCAAGCGGAUGAAGCUUCAGUAAAGAAUAUGCUACAUCUACGUCUUGUACGGCAGAUGGAGAGUCAAGGGACGAGGCCAGGAUUACAACUCCUGGCGCUACAUGAGCUGCUGAGCUAACAAUCUCAGGGUACGAUAGUGUCUUUGUUCUUAGACUCUGUCCCCAUCGCUUGAAGGAAAAGGGACGGAUGUGGACUGUUUUUGCUCACUUUGGCUUAUGGUUUGUGGCUGCUCGGCGUUAACAGGGCUGAAUAUCAGACACUGGGUGGUGGGCUCGAGGCGUUUCUGUGAAGGCCAUCAUUAGGUUGGUCCUUGGGCACUUUUAUUUGCUGUUUCCGGCCCUUUCUCUAUUGUGCUAUACCUCGUGGCAUUCUUGCCUCUUGCUUCCUGCGUCUUUGUGUUGUUGCAAUCUCGAGUUCGAACGAAAUGACAUUUGACGCAGCGAUAUCGGCGAUUCAAAAGGCGCGCAGUUGGUAAUUGAGAGGACUGUGAUUGGUGUGUUGGCGUGUGGAACC